AGCGACAUAAAACUAAAAUAAAUGUCUAAAUAUACUAAUAAUGCUAAAGGAUAUUGUUGCCGAACGAUCAACGGAUUCUUCUACAUCUGAUCAUAAAUGUGGUGGAUGCGGUUCAUUAAUUAAAGACCGCUUUUAUUUAUCAAUUGGUGAUAGCGCUUGGCAUGGAACUUGUCUUCGAUGUUGCCGUUGCUCACAGCCACUAGACGAAGAGAUAACAUGCUUUUGCAAAGAGGGAAACAUUUACUGUAAGGAUGAUUAUUACAGACUAUUUUCUCGACGUUGCGGACGUUGCGGCGCUGGACUAUGUUCAUCGGAAUUGGUGAUGCGAGCUCGAGAACUGGUAUUUCAUAUUAGUUGUUUCUCAUGCAUUUUGUGCGGUGCUCAAUUAAGUACCGGUGAUACAGCUGCUAUUCGAGGUGGUCGUGUGUUUUGCGGUGAACAUUACGACACUGAUAUCUUGAGUGAAUCGAAUUCGGUUCAAACAUUUUUUCCGACCAGUCCACAAAAAGGACGACCGAGAAAACGCAAACCGACUAGUCAAAGCGAUCCGAUUGACAACAGACCGACGUUGCGAAUAGACAUUCAGCAUACCGAUCUACCAUUGUCAUCAUUGGAUUUAUCAUACGAUGGAAGUCAGUCGCCUGGUUCCAGCAAUCUCUCAUCUCAGUCAAGAUCUAAACGCAUGCGAACAUCGUUUAAACAUCAUCAAUUACGCACAAUGAAAUCUUAUUUCGCUAUCAAUCAAAAUCCAGACGCCAAAGACUUAAAGCAACUGGCCCAAAAGACCGGAUUAUCGAAAAGAGUCUUGCAGGUAUGGUUUCAGAAUGCACGCGCGAAAUGGCGACGAAAUGUUAUGAGACAGGAUGGAACAACGGGAAACUCUCAAAUAACCGGCAAUUUAACGCCAAUCACAUCGGGUGGACCACCCAGCGUUCAGUCGUCCACCAGCAGUACCAUAGAAUCGGGAAUGACACCAUCGCAUGCAUUGGAAGAAAUGCAUCAUAUGACUUUUGCGGAAAUGUAUUGAGCCGAUUCAAUUGUAAUGCGUCUCCCGGUGAACAUCGACAUUCCAUAAUUUUCAAUUUCAUUUUAGAUGAAAUUCACUGUGUGUAAAUAUAUUCAUUAAGCGUCUCACACCUAACGAUUACAUCGUAUCAUGUUUGUAAACGAAAAAUAAGAACAAUGUAAUAUAGACUUUCCCAGAUUGAUCAUGUGAAUAAAAUUAUAUUUAUUGAA